AUGGAGACAUAUUACGGGCACGUUCGCACUCCUGCGGACGCUAUCAUUCUUUUCGAAGCCUGCCGUAUCGGCCUCUUACCGCGGGUGCAAAGGCGACUCUCAGAAAAAGAGCGACAAUCAAUUCGAUCUGGUUCAGUCUUUGUAUGGGAUGAGCGCGAAGCGGGUAUGCGACGAUGGACCGACGGAAAGUCAUGGAGUGCCAGCCGUGUGUCUGGUAGCUUUUUGACUUACCGAGAGAUGGAAGGAAAGCGGGGAGGGGGCAGUGUUUCUCAGGGCUCUGUGUCCCGGGGAGGCAAGACACCGGAAAGUCGGGGCAGUGAUGAUGAUCGCGCCGAUGGAACGGACGAGGGGCCAGAUGGGUACCGUUAUAAGCCAGAUGGCUUGAUGAAGCAGUCCUUCAGUAUUACAACAUCCAACGGCCAGCACUUGCAUCUGAUUAGCUAUUACUCACGCUCUCACCCUUCUGCCGCCAAUUUACAACAACCAACCUCAGAUCCUGCACUGCGCCACGUUCGCCCCCAAAAAGGUCUAUAUCCUGAGUCGACAGUUAAUGACCAGCAAAACCUUCCUGUCGUCACUCGAGGACCUAUGGCAGGUGCUGCCUACCCCAUUACUCCUCACCCUCUCGGCACAUAUCCGCGCGCCACGCAUACACAACCAUAUCCAGCUUAUGCCGCCUGGCCACCCACGCCUUUAGCCACACCACCAACUGUUUCAGUACAAUAUGGUCCCGGUCCUUCAUAUCUUCCCCCGGUUGCUAUUAAUGGACAUCCUCAUUACGGCCCACCACACCAUCAGCCUCUACCGCAUCAACAUCCAGCUGGCCUUCCCCCACCUCCGCACGGAAUGGCGGGCCCAUAUGAACGACCACCCCAUAUGGAAUCUACAUUACCUCCAGCCGGACCGCCACACCAACCGAGCUAUAUGAACCGAUCGCCGCGAUCAAUGCACGAGCAUGCACAUGCCCACGCUCAUGAGCAACGGAGCCCAGCGGCUUACGGACAUCCUUUGGUUGAUCAUCGUAUGGCAUCGCCGCGUGUGGCAGUGCAAUCCCUCGUGCAGCCAAACGGGCAUGCGCACAGCCCUCACCCAGUGAAGCAAGAGCCCUCCGCCUCGUUACACCCCCUCAACCCUAUUGCCGCAUCGCCCAAGCCUUCGGUUCCUGCGAGCGCUGGAAAUGCCGUCCCAGGUAUCAGUUCAUUAAUGAACGGUGCAUCGUUAGCCCCUCUAUCUUCCUCAACUGCCUCUCCCGGUGGUGCCACCGCGGUCUCAAAUGGAGCGCCCGCUCAGAGUGCUAUCGCCGAUGGGCCCCGCGAUAUCCCCAACGAGAAGAUCGGAUUCGGAGGCGAGGACACCAGGGCGUUGCGCCAGCUAGAUCGUGCAUUCAUCGCAUGA